CCCUCGUUUUGGUCAAUGAGUUCUUUCCGUGAAGGAUAACUUUCGUAUUUGUCUUACUCAAAGUCGCUGACAGUGAACCGUAACAAUUGAUCGAUACGCACUCUAAGCAGCAGCGUUGCCAAUCCUUAGAUCAAUCAAAUUGUCAAAUCAAGGAAAAUGGUCGAAGAUACCCCGAUGGCGGAGGAGGAUUCCUUGGCAAAGCCAGAAAAUCAAGAUAAAGUAGAAACCGCCCCAAGUGUUCCGCCACUCGAAGCUUCGGCCCGUCGUUUGGAACGCCUCUUAGGAGGAGGUGCCGCGGAUAAGGGCCAACAGCUGCGCGCUUACACAAACCCGACCAAGGUCAUUCGGCGAUGGUUGGGAACAUCAUCGGGGUCCGCCGCAGACGCAACCGCCGAAGAUAUUAAAGCAGCCGCUGCCAAACUGUUGGACCCUGCAGGAGCCUGUGCUUCCGGGCGUGAACUUUUGGUUUCCGGCGGUGAAGAAGGGGGCGAGAAAAAGGAUUCCUACUUAUCCGCAGCUUCUGCGAGAGAAGUCGAAGCUUGGUUGAUCUCGGUGGCGGUCCGACAUUUGUGGAAAGGCCACAAAUUCCAGGAAGCUUUUGAUUUAGCUCAAAAGGGAAUCGAGAUCAUUAUGGCCCACAUCGACCAAGCUUCAAUUCAUAUUACCUCCCUCUCAGCGGGAUCCACAUCGUCGCUCUUUCCUUUAUUGUCGCGGAUGUUCCGCUUGCGCUCACUCAUGGCAGAGGCUCUCAAUGAUUCCAACUUGACUGCCUUGCUACGUGCGGAUAUGUCCAAGGCUCACAACAUGGCUGCCCUCCGUCGCGAUGUUGAUACUCAAGCAACGAUUUUGAAUAGUAUGCUACGCGACUUGUUGCGUAGCUCGCAAGUGGAGCAAGCCGAAAAGCUAUUAGCCAACUCUACAUUUCCUGAGACGGCGUCGAACAAUCAGCUGUGCCGUUAUCUGUACUAUAGUGCCAGGAUCCAAGCGCUGCGUCUUGAUUACACAGCGUCAUUUUCCGGAUUGAGUCAAUGCCUUCGCAAGGCUCCCACCAACACUGGGGUCGGGUUCCGGAUCGCGGCCCAGCGAUUGUUGGUUGUCGUGCAGAUGUUGAUGGGUGAUAUCCCCGAGCGUCACGUCUUCUUUACCAAGGGUAUGAAGGCUGAGCUGUUGCCCUACUUGCACAUUACGCAGGCGGUUCGUCGGGGAGAUUUGGCAGUCUUUACAGAGGUUGUUUCCAAGUACGCAACUCGUCUCCAACAAGACGGUACUUACACCCUCAUUUCGCGUUUGGCCCACCAAGUCGUCAAAGCAGGUCUCCGAAAUCUGAACGUGAGUUACAGUCGGUUGAGCUUGGAGGACGUGGCUCACCGUUUAGGCCUCCCCAGUGCUACAUCGGCUGAAUUCGUGGUAGCCAAGGCUGUCCGCGAUGGUGUGCUAGACGCCACUAUUCACCACGAGGAAGGAUACGUACAAAGUCACGACCUGGUGGACGUUUACGCAACGAAAGAACCGGCACUAGCGUUUCAUCGACGCAUCGCCUACUGCUUGACAACCCACAAUGAUGCUGUUCGGGGAAUGCGCUAUCCGCCGGAUGCUUACAAAAAGCAGUUAGAGGCGAGCCGUGGAAAUCGGCGAAAGCGGAAUGACGACAAGACAGAUGAGGAGAAAGCGCAAGAACUUGAAGAAGAGUACGACGAAGACUACUAA